AGGCCAUAUCUUCCGCAAAACCAAUGCCGUAUAUUGCUGCUGUAGUCUCUCGCAGAGACUUUAAGCCUAAUUUUACACUUGGUGAUGGUGAAAACACAACACAGCGUUCCAAUGGUGAAAAUUAUUAUAAUGGCCCGCUGAAGCUUGGCACUAACUACAAAAUAUUUCAGCGCAUUUUCAUUAAUGAUCAGGGUGAUUAUUAUUCCACUGACUGGAGUCCAGUGGCAGCAACUGCCCAAAAGCACAAGUCUUCAGUUCCCGAAGGUCCACCUUUAAAUGUUCAAAUUGUGGCCUUAAGAAGUUCAUCAUUAUCAGUUACGUGGGAGCCACCAGACAAGAACAAAGCGAAUGGAAAGAUAGUCAGUUACACUGUUUGUAUUACACAUUUGGAGAAUGAAACCUGUUCAAUGGACUAUAUGAUAGAGGAACAGCGUUUGGACAUAAAUAAUGUGAAACCAGGGACAAAAUAUUAUGUUCGUGUUUUAGCUUCUACAAUAGUGGGAUCUGGAUGUUACAGCAAUGGUACAUGGGUAUUUACAAAUGGAUUGGCACCUGAACUGUCCACCAAGCAGAUUGGGAGUACGUUGACUUAUAUGUUGCGAAAUCCAAAUUGGGAAUAUCGAUAUUUCUAUGUAGUCGCGAUGAAAAAUGGCAUAGAAGAGAGUCAAUUGCCUUCUAACUUUAAAAACACAGACUUAGUGACUUAUUCUAAGGCCAUAUCUUCCACACAACCAAUGCCGUAUAUUGCUGCUGUAGUCUCUCGCAGAGACUUUAAGCCUGAUUUUACACUUGGUGAUGGUGAAAACACAACACGGCGUUCCAAUGGUGAAAAUUAUUAUAAUGGCCCGCUAAAGCCUGGUACUAGCUACAAAAUAUUUCAGCGCGUUUUCAUAAAUGAUCAGGGUGCUUAUUAUUCCACUGACUGGAGUCCAGUGGCAGCAACUGCCCAAAAGCACAAGUCUUCGGACGGUGGAAACAUUGGAGCUGUUGCUGGUGCAGUUGUAGCUGCUGUUUUGGUUAUUUUUCUUGUCAUAUUGGUCAUUGCUUUUGUUAGGAUCAAUUCAAACUCUGCUACAGUGCAGUGAACUGCGUAUUGUAGUCAUUCGACGGCUACUAAAAGUUCUCAAAAAUGGGGGAAGUUGAACUUUUUCGCGAAAUUGUUAGAAGUUUUCUGAAAUUUGGCGUAUUAUAAAAGAAUAUAUUUAAACAUAAAACCUUUAUUUCCUUUUAAACUAUAAGAGUGAACGAGAGUGAAUGAUUCUGAACAGUAUUUGAAAACAAUUUGGAACAUAACAUCAAAUUUUUAGGCUAACGAUAUAGUCAAUACUUGAAAUAGGAUAAUAGUUGUAAUACUUUUUAUCUAAGUACAUUAAAUAAGAAAUAAAGUUAAA